UCAAGCCAUUAUCGUGUUUAACAUGACAUGUAUUAAUUGAUUUUUUGUCCUCGUAACAUUUUCUUUCGUGUAAGUGCCCCAAUCGACCAUGAAUCCAACGAAUUUUAAAUUGGCAGCUGGUUUAGUUAUGAGCGGAAUAGCUGCUGUGAAAAUAUUGAAGAGUAUUACAAAACGUAGAGACACGACAGUGAAUGAAGUGUUGUUGUAUGGGGCAGAGGAUGACGAGAAGGCGAAGGAGGCGGGACUGAACAACCUCUUCUGCAUUUACUAUGUGAUAGUCCAUGCAACUACCACUGUAGACGUCUGCAUGCCUAACUUACUCAGCGAUACGAUAGCUAAAUGUCUCGUAAACGCACGGAGAAAUAGCAAAGUGAAAAUUCGAGUAUGUUUGUACAAGUGCAAUGAUGUGUCCCAACUUGAUUUUAUCACGCAAAGUGGCAUCGAAGUGAAAGUCGUCAGAGAACAUUUAGCCCACGAAUUUAUCCUAGUAGACGCUGUGGAAGAUUGCAAAGAAACAGUAGCGAUAAUUGGGUCCCUAGAUUAUGAUACAAAAAGAGUAAACUGCAGUAGGGACAACACUAUGUUGACUUCUGAAGAAACCGUAGUGAAAACAUUGAAGAAAGAAUUCGAGAGAAUUUGGGAAUCAGAAGAAAAUAGUGCAUAAUAACUGUUAGGAAAGUUUUAAGUGUAGUGCAAAUAAAAUUAUUGGAUUAACAAAAAAUAUUGAUUUUAUUCCAUUCACUUAAGGAAAUAUUGAAUUUAAAGCAAAAUUACAUUAUUGUAUGUCCCUAUGAAAUACUUAAUUUGUACUCGAAUCGUUUUAGCCUAAACAUUCAAUUUCACAAUUACCUUAAUGAAAAUCUUUUUUUCUAAAAUGUGAUUAUUAUAGGAACUGAAGAACAAGUCCUUUUCACGAGAAACCAUUUAAAUAGAGUUAUUUACCAGCCUAUUUUUAUAGAUACCAGUAUGGACAUAUUAUCAUGAUUGUUAUAUUCUUUUUGCAUAUAAAUAUUUUAAUUAGCGGUAGUUAGUUCUGCCUGCUGUAGAUAUGUAUAAUAUAAUUUAUUUAACAUCACAUUUCAGUCUGUGAAAAAAUAGCCCUUCACAUUUUCUCGUACCCUUUUAUGGGUCAAAUAACAUAAGAUUAAUUAGGCGCUUUCUGUUAUCGUUACAAAUUCAUUAAUCGAAAACAUUUUAAAAUGCCAGUUUGUGUAAAAUCAGUUCCUAUAAUAACCACUUUACAAUAAAUAGUGACACUAUCACAGUUGUUUUAUAGAUAAUUACAAUUACUAUGUCACCGGUA